AUGGUCCACUCUCAUAAUCCUCAAACGACUACAGCAAGUCUAGGAAGAUCAAUCGUUGCUCCUCCUAUCAUGCCAAUGAACUCUUUCGGUGGAAACCCUUUCAACAUGAUGAAUGGACAUCAGAAAAUUCCACAGAAUCCAUAUAGUUUCACAUCUUACACCGAUGGAAGCUCAACCGCAACUUAUGGGGCCAAUUACAUUCAGCCACGACCUUUUCCUCGCAUGAUGCAAUCUUUUUCUCAUUCUCAAAGAGAGGCACAUUAUAACGGAAGCAAUCACCAAGGAUUCAUUGAAAGCACUCCCCACCAUCAAAGUCCUCCCAUCAAGCCCGAACCGUUAUGGACAACACCUGCCAAUCGCCAGUUACCACCCCAAAGUCAAACAACGCCACCGCCCAGCAAAACCAUAACUCCUCUUCCUCCGACUGGUUCUGAUGAAGCACACAUCGGAAGCACAGCAGUAGAUAGACUCAUGAAGGUCAUUCAAGACAUAACAAAAACUUCACAAUCACAGUCACCCUCUGAUAUUCAGGAUUCCAUGAAUCAAAGUUUCUUUGCACAUGACGAAGAAGACAAGCACAUGCUCACAUCUGGUAAGGCUCAGGAUAAAUCAAGACGCUCGAAGACUGCCAAGAAUAUCUAUCGAUGCACCUUUCCAAACUGCACGUCGAGUUCUGCACAGAGAUCCCAACUGGUUAUUCAUUUUCGCAAACAUACCGGCGACAAACCAUAUCCGUGUGAACAUCCCUCCUGCGGUCUAUACUUCUCCCAACCUGGCAACCUGAAGACGCACGAGCAACGUCACACUGGCGAACGACGCUUCCAAUGCGAAAUAUGCAAAAAACGUUUCGGUCAACGCAGUAACUUGAGUGCCCACAAAAUCGUUCACACAGGUAUCAAACCUUAUCCGUGUAAAAUCGACAAUUGCCACAAAAGCUUCACACAACGCGGUAACCUCAAAGCCCACCACAACAAAUUCCACAAAGAAACCAUCGAAACCCUCGUCUCCAAACUCCAAAGCGGCGAAAUAGACCUCGAAGCCAACAAGGAAUUCUGGUCUUACUUCUUCACUCUUUACAAGAAUAGCAAUAAAGGUAUCAAAGGCCGCGGCAAGGAUCGAAACAUCAGUCCCUCAAGUCGCUCUUGCAAGAAUCGUCUUGCGAGUAGGGGGUCUAGUGCGAGUCGCUAUGUUGAGAGCGGCUUGCGCAAUUGUCAUGGGAUGUAUGACUCAGAUGACCGUUUGAGUUUGAGGAGUGAGGUAAUGGGUAUGAGUGGUGUGAUGAGUGGGGGAGUGAGUGUAGAUGGGAAUUUUUGCUCGGUGUCGACGGAUGGGAUGGGGAUGGGGAUGGAGAUGGGGACGUCGUCUAGUUGUUCGAGUACGAGUGAGAAUGGGAGUGUGAAUGGAAAUGGAAAUGUGAAUUGGAAUGCAAACCGUGGGUUGGUGUUUAGAGAUCGCUUGUAUUAG